AUGACUAAAAAGAAAAAACGUGCUGAAAAAGUUAUGGCUACAAACGGUUUUCCUGCUCUUUUUGCCGAAUUCAAUGCUGCGGUUGAGGAUUUUGCAAGUUACCUCGAUCGUUUCAACUGCUACAUCGAUUGCCUAGGAAUUACUGAUCUUCAAAAGCCAAAAUUCUUCAUUGCAAGUGCUGGUGCCGAAAUUUUUGCCCUUGCCCGACGCUUAGCAGCUCCCGCAAAUCCAAAGGACUUGGAUUAUGAUAAAUUGACGAAAUUGCUUACCGAUCAUUAUCAUCCAGCACCUUUGGAGGACGUUGCACGUCAUAUUUUUCGCCACAGAAAGCAAAAAGAUGGUGAGUCUUUCAACUCGUUUUAUGCUUCAUUGAAGGAAUUGUCUCGAGACUGCAAUUUUGCUGAUCAAACGCGUCUUGAUGAAGAAUUGAAAGCUCAAAUUAUUGGUGGUACCAAUGACGGUACUUUACAAAAAUAUUGCUUUGCUACUCCAAAAUUGGCCUUGAAAGAUGUCGUUGCAAAAGCUGUUGCUUCUGAACAAGCUACCAAAGGCGUUGACCAUUUUAAUGCACCAAAUGUCAAAGCCUCAGAGUCAUCUUCUGUAAAUCGAGUCAAUGAACGAGUUAAUAAAAAACACUUCCAGAAGAAAAAGUCGAAUGGUUCAAAGAAUUAUGCUUCAAAUUCCAAUUCAAAUUCUACAAAUCCUGGUGCUUCUCAUGCCAAUUCGUCGAAAUCAAAUUUUACUCCAAAUAUGGUCGUUAUCUGCUACCGUUGUGGGAAGAAAAACCACAAAGCUCCGGAUUGUCGUCAUAAAAAUGCUGUUUGCAGUUCCUGCCAAAAGGUUGGUCAUCUCAACACUGUUUGCGGAAAAAGUAGGAAAGAAUUAUUAGAAAUUCAAAAACCUGCGGCUGAAAAUAAAUCAUGUAACGUAGUUGAUAUUGGGCAGCUUGGUGAAGAAAAUUUACCUACAAUUGCUGAUGGAGAUGAUCCACCCCCUCCCAAAAUUUUCAUCGAUGUGCAAGUUGAGGGAAAAGCUGUCAAAUUUGAAGCAGAUUGCGGUUCUGGUUUCACUCUAAUUUCGGAGAAAACAUUUCGUGAGCUCAAUCUUAGUGAAAAAUUGCGACCAUGCAAAUUCGUUUUAAAAACUUAUGAUCGUGGUAUAGUGCGAAUUCGUGGAUAUAUUCCAGUGCAUGUUAACUUCAAAGGGAAAUCAUAUCGCCAAGUAUUGCGCGUCGUUCAAGGCGAUUAUGACUCCGUUAUUGGUCGCGAUUGGCUUCUGCCUAUGAAUAUUGAUAUUCGUGAGUUCAUAGAAACAAACAAGAUAAGCGUUUCUGUGAAUUUAAAUUUAAAAAGCGAAAUUGACAAAUUAGUAUCAGAGUUCUCGGAGUUGUUCUCUGAUAACAUAACCAAAGUGCCGAAUUAUUGUGCUGACUUUAAAUUGAAAGCUGACGCAACUCCAGUCUUCUGUCGCGCACGUACUGUUCCUUUUGCUCUCCGCGAGGCAGUUGAUAAAGAAAUUGAUCGCCUAGUUGCCGCCGGUAUAUAUGUGCCUGCUGAGUCAUCCGAGUGGGCAACGCCGAUUGUACCAGUUAUCAAAUCUAAUGGUAAGAUUAGAUUAGUUGGCGAUUACAGUGUAACGAUAAAUAAAGCCAUAAUACCUGAAGAGUAUCCUAUACCAAAUAUAGAAGAGGAAAUACUUCAAGAUUUUGCGAACUGUGUGCAUUUUUCAAAGUUCGAUAUUAAAGAAGCCUACAUGCUUCUUGGUGUUUCCGAGGCUUGUUCCAAAUUAUUGACUGUCAAUACUCCGAAAGGUCUUUUUUACGUUACAAGUUUGAAUUAUGGUUUGCAAUGCGCCCCUGCUAAAUGGCAACGUUUUAUUGAAAGUAUUUUCAAAGGUUUAAAAUGGUGUAAAUGGUUUUUUGAUGAUGGAAAAAUUUCGUCAAAAACUGCUGCUGAGCAUUUGGCGCGAAUGCGUAAAUUUUUCGAAAUAUGCAGAGAAAAUAAUUUACGUUUGAAUAAAUCAAAAUGCGAUUUUUUGACAGAUCACUUGAAAUUUUUGGGUUUUGUUGUGGAUAAAAAUGGAAUCCAUAAGACCACUGAAAAAAUUGAUCUAAUUUUGAAUGCCAAACGACCUACGAACGUCACUGAAUUGAAGUCCUUUGAAGGAUUAGUAGGUUAUUAUUCUCGUUUUGUGCCAAAUUUCAGUGAUAAAUUCGCACCUCUAAAUGCUCUGACUCGGAAAAAUGCAAAAUUUGAUUGGUCAGACGAAUGUGAGCAAGCUUUCCAGCUCAUUAAAAAAGAAAUUGCCUCAGAACGUGUUUUAUGCCACUUCGAUCCUGCUAAACCAUUAAUUUUGUCUACUGAUGCGUCCCCUUACGCUAUUGGAGCUGUGCUGAGUCAUCAAUUUCGCGAAGGUGAGCGCCCAAUUGCUUUCGUUUCUCGCACUUUAACAGAAACAGAGCGCCGAUAUUCUCAACUUGAUCGUGAGAGUCUUGCAAUUUACUGGGCUGUUAAACGUUUUUUCAAUUACCUUUUUGGACGAAAAUUCAUUUUAUUCACCGAUUGCAAACCCUUAACUUCAAUUCUUGCUGCUCAUGCUGCCAAGCCAUCGUUGAGUGCUACUCGUUUGUUGCAUUAUGCACUAUUUUUGCAAGGGUUUGAUUACGAAAUUCGUUAUCGCCGAAGUGAAGACAAUAAAAAUGCUGACUUCGCAUCUCGGUUUCCUUGCCAAAUUGCAAAUUCGAAUCAAAUUGAUGUCCCCGCUUGGUGCUAUACAAAUUUAUUACAUUCGCUUCCUGUCAAAGCAGCUGAAAUUGGAGCUGAAACGUUAGCUGAGACAUCAUCUGCCACCCUGCUUCGCCAGUUACGAGGGGAAGAGCCCUGCCACAUGAAAACUGCUGAAUUGGCUCAAUACUCACUUCAAGACAACUGUAUUCUUCGUAAUGAUCGAGUAUACAUUCCUGAAAAACUGCGUCAACGUGUUCUCACCGAAUUGCACCAAGGUCAUCUUGGUAUGGUGAAAUGUAAAAGUCUUGCUCGAAGUUAUGUGUAUUGGCCUGGUAUAGAUCAUGACAUCGAAGAUAUGGUCAGAUCUUGUGCCAGUUGUGACCAAAAUGCUAAAAAUCCGUCAAAAUGUGUUUCUCAUCCGUGGCUGCCCCCCUCCCAACCAUGGCAACGUAUUCAUUUCGAUUUUGGAGAAAUUGAAAAUACCAAUCUGCUUAUAAUCGUUGAUGCCUAUGCAAAAUGGCCUGAAGUUUUCGUUGUCAAGUCUACAAAUUCUGCUCAAGUCAUCGAAUGUUUUGAGAAAUGUUUCUCACGUUUUGGUUUACCUGAGGUUGCUGUCAGUGAUAAUGGGCCUCAGUUUGUUUCAGAAGAACUGAGGGAAUAUUUUCGCCAAAAUUGCAUACAUCAUCUGACAUCUCCGAGUUAUCAUCCUCAGUCAAAUGGGCAAGCUGAACGAUUCGUGCAAAUUGUUAAAAAAGGCUUAAAAUGCACCCGAAAUGGUCCUUUUUUCAAACGUCUACAAGCGGUCCUACGUUCAUAUCGCCGUGCACCUUUGUCCAAUGGAAAAUCGCCUUUCGAAUUGAUGUUUGGGCGAAAAAUGCGAACUGUAAUUUCUGCGGUCAAACCGAUUUCCAAAUUUGAGCAAAAUUCUCAACUGUCGAAAAGAGAAUUUUGUGAAGGUGAAAAAGUUAAAUUUCGCCUAUUUCGUGGUCCUAAAAAAUGGGAAGUUGGAUCCAUUUCUGGUAAACUGGGAAAUGUAGUUUACCUCGUUAUAUCUGGCGGUAAAACUCAUCGCCGUCAUAUAAAUCAUCUUUGCCGAACCAAUUUGGAUGAAUUCAAUUCUGCAAUUUUGAUCGAUGAUCCUGCGCCUGAUUCUGCACCAAUUAUACCUGAUCAAGCUGAGCCCGAAUUGCCCAUCCAGCCUCAGCCGGCAGUGCGUCGAUCAUCACGUAUUCGUCGACAGCCCCAGUGGUUUCAGCCUUCUUAG